AAUGUAACAAAUCAAUAGAAAAUAAUAAUUAUAAGAAAAUCUAAGAAAAAUAAAAUUGUUAUUUAAUAAAUAUGGCCGAGGUAACAAAUCCUGAGGAACCGCCAGCGGAACCAGUAGAAGAUGAAAGGACUAAAUUCAUACGAACAAAUCGGCAAGUUUUACAAUGGACACCGCCGGAAAAUGAAAAUGAAUUGACGGAAUCUUCUUACGAUAUCAAUAUGGCCUGGGAUGCUUUAUUAACUUUACCGACUUGCCAGGAAAUGUUUAUAAAAGAAGCUAAUCAGAAACUACUUAAUCUAGUAGUGGGCAUUAAUGUUACACAAGAAUUUCCCUGGAAACAGAUACCAUAUAAAGAAUUGCGUGACAAUCUAUUUGAUGAUCUGUCAAAUGGUCAAUUGUUGCAUAAUGCCUUUCAGGGUUAUGAUCUCGACAGUCAUGUUCUUGUGGGUUAUGUGCCCAUAAUCACUCAAGAUAUGGAAGAACCUCCGGCAGGUGACCCUUUUGUUUUAUAUGUUAAUCCAGCUGAUGCUAAGUUGGCUUUGGCGAUAAUACGUAAUUUGGAGACAUUUGAACGUUUAAUCAUUAAUAAACGACUGUUGAGACAGCCUCGUAGAUGGGUUUCCUUUGGCAGUGAAGAUGAGGUUAAUUUAACCAUUGCUCAACGUUAUCACGAGCCAGUUGAUGUUGAAAUACAAUCUGUCUAUCCCUUGACUAUACCGGCUGAUAAAGAAUUUUCUUUUCGCUUAACAAAAGAUGUAAGAGAUGGUUAUGUUGAAUUGAUACCUGCUGAGAAUGCACGUUUCGAAAAUGUCUCACGACGUCGUAUAACCGUAGGCAUACAAUCAUCAUUUCCCCGCAUUGAUAUAGAACAACAAACAGAUCCUACGUUUCCCACAAAUGCUUGGGCUCAAUAUCUGUAUGAGAUAGACGAGGAGGAUGAUUGUUUGGAUGAGGAAUCUGAAGAAGAAGAAAGUAAAGAGAAGCCUAUAAGUAAACCUACUACUCCAGAGCCGUCAAAAGAAUCAAAACCACCGCCGGAAGUUUCUGAUAAUGUUAAAUUGUUACUGAAGACAUUGGAAUUCAAUCAAAUUGAUAUGUAUCGCAAUGACUAUCCCUAUAUAUCGGACAAAUGUGUUAUGCACUACACGUCUACCUAUCUAGAAGAAACUCUAUGUUUUGCCAAUAUAGCUAAAAGUCAUCAGAGAUAUGUAUGCGGUUACGAUUGGUAUCCUGCUCUAGCAGGUCUAAUUGUAACCUCUUAUACCUUUAGUACGGCCGCCACCAUAGAAUCGAUUAGCACCCAGCAUGACUACAUACAGCGAGCCGUUUUAGAAGCCAAACCCAUUUUAAUGUGGAGCUUUAGUGAUAAUCUAAAUUAUAAACUGGAAUUUGAAUCCCCUUUGGAAGUGAUUACUCUAUCAUUUUGUCCCUAUGAACCGAAUAUUUUGUUAGGAGGAGCCAUUAAUGGUCAAAUUAUUUUAUGGGAUUUACAAAAUCGUGCCGAAAAAUUAGAUAAUGAAGAAAUGCUCUCGUCUUCUCAGAUACACUACCGUGUCUUAAUGAAUGAAUUUCUGAAAUGGACCAUACAAAUCAAUGAAAAAAUGCUAGUAACACCGGCUACCGUAUCAAAUUUGGAGAAUUCUCAAAAGGGCUGUAUAACAGCAAUAUACUGGCUGGCUAGUCAUUGUUUCAUUAAUACGUUUGGCAAACUUUAUACUGACCCGGGAAAAUCAGCUAAAUAUCGUUAUUUUAUGACUAGUUCUAUGGAUGGUACUAUAGCAUUUUGGAAUCUAGAUUCUCAGGCGGGUAAAAAAGUUAGCAGUGGCUUAAGACGUGAUUUACCAAAAGAACUAACACAAAGUGAAUCUGCCUAUAAGGGCAAAUUUUUGGCGCCUAUUUUUACAGUGGCCUUCAAUGAACCAUUGACAGCGGUAUUAGCGGAUACGCCAGUCUUUAAAUGUCUUUUAAAGGAGAGAGAAGGAAAGUCGGCUAAAUCACUUUAUAAUUAUGCUAUAGAAUCCGAGGAAUUGGAAGUGCCUGAAAUAAGGCAAACUUGUAUAACUGCUUCUUACUAUGGCCGCAUAGAACGUUUAAACUGGUUGGGUCUUUACGCCGAUGCCGAUGGUCGUGAGGUGGUUAAUACUUCUUUGAAUUUUGCUCGAGUUCAUGAUGGUCCUGUGAUUUCGAUGAAACGAAAUCCUUUCUUUCCUUGGCUUUUUGUUUCGAUUGGUCGUUUUGUAUUUGCGGUUUGGAAAGAGGACUACAAUUAUUCUCCGAUAUUUUGGCGUAAAUGUCAGAGUGACUUGACGGCAGUGGCCUGGAGUGAAUCAAGACCCUCGGUUUUGUUUCUUACACGUAUCGAUGGUAGUUUGGAGGCUUGGGAUAUAUUGUCCCGAGAUGAUGAAGCCUGCUUAAACGAUACCUUGGGCGGGGGUAUUGUUACCAAUAUCUGCGAACAUAAACCUUCUGAACCGGAGAAGUUAUUAGGCAUUGGAGAUUACAAUAGCAGUUUGCGCAUGGUUAAAUUACCCAAAAGUUUAUAUCAAGUUAUGAACCAGGAAGUGGAGGAUAUGAAGCAAUAUAUAUUGAAGGAAGAAUCACGCAAAAAGGAAAUACAAGCUUGGGAACACAAAUACUAUGAAAAGAAUAAAGAUUUCAUAGAAGCAAAACUGCAAGCAGAACGGGAGGCCCAUAAAGAAAUGGAACGGAUUGAAAAGGAAGCUGUACUAAUGGCGAAUCGUAGAGCCAAAGAGGAAGAGGAGGCUAAAAAAGCUGCUGAACCUGCCACCCAUACCACCUACACGGAACGCAUGAAAAAACAAUGGUACGAAUUAAAUCUUAAUCGUCUCCUGGGUAUUCUAAUGUCCCGAAAACGUGUCAAUGAAAAACAACUAAAUGAACAAACUGCCUUAGAAAAAGAACGUUUAGCAUACGAACUAGCCAAAAAACAAUCCUUGGCGGAUGUUCUAAAACGCGUUGGCGACGAAGUAGCAGCAGUACGUUUACGUAUAUAUCCACAAGAAAUUCCAGACCUACAACGCAAUGAUAUGAUUCAAUCAUCGGUGGAGAACAUUAUGCAAACAGUGGAAACUUAUGAACUUAUCGAAAACGAAGCUAAUGAUAUGAUGAAUGAUUUUGAUACUUUUGAUGAUAUAGACUAUGCGGAAUUCUUACAUCGUGGUCAAGAACGUCGUAAACAUCUGAAUAAAUCUUUGGGUGGUAAUACAGAACGUUGGUAUUGGUAUGAAACGAUGGCGGAAGAGAAUUUAAUCGGUGAUUGUGAUUGGGGUUUAGAAACAUAUGCUGAUCUAUUGCAGAACACCGAAGUGGGUUCAUUACCACCUUCGGAGUUAAGUCUGCUGCAAAAGCAAGAAGAUGAAGGUGAUCAGGCGGAUGGGGAGGGAGAAGGAGAUUAG